ACCGCGCGCGCGCUGGGUAGUGCAUGCUGAGCGCCCGUCUUCGCGCGCUCUCGCAUCCCGCCGCGGUAUCCGCCCUCGCCGCGCUCGGUAUCGCCCUCGCGUGCGCGCGCGCAGACGACAUGGCGUCGCUCAAGGCGUCCGCUGUCGCGACGAAACUCUCGGAGCUCGCGCCCGCGGUCCUGACGCGCCUUCCCGCGCCCACGACGGGCGCGGUGAGCAAAAUCAAAGCCUCGGAGCUGUGGCAGACCCGCCCCGCGGUCGUCCUCCUUCACGAGCGAAAGGCGGAGAUUAACGACCUCGGGUGCGACCUCGUGUGCCUCCUCAAGGAGAACAUCGCGGAUGAGGUGGAGGCGUUCCACAGAGAGCCGUACUGGUCGCCGUCCACGCCGCUGUACUUGGACGAGGAUAUGACGUUCUUCAAGGCGCUCGGCGGCGGUAAGGUUCGCAAGGGCGGGCUCAGCUCGUUCUUCAAGCCGGGUCUGUGGAAGCGCUACGGAAAGAUGGACAAGGCGACGAAGGAGGACGCGAACUUGAAGGGCGAGGGGACGAUCCUCGGAGGGACGUACGUCGUGAGCAAAGAAGGCGUGCAGUACCAGUUCAAGGAGAAGGACUUCGGCGUCGCCGCGCCGUUGGACGAGAUCAUCGACGCGUGCAAGAGAGCGGCGGGGAAGUGAGCGAGCGACGACGACGACGACGACGACGACGACGACGACGACGACGAGACGCGCGCCGAGCGACUCGGUCCGAACGCGACGACGAUGAAGCCGCCGCCGACACCUCUCGCGUCGCCCGCGAGAGACGGCGGAUGGCGGAGCGUGUCGCAACGUGUUCGGAGCAGAGUCGGUCAUCGCGCGUUACGUUCUCGUUCUCGUUCGCGCGUGCGUGAUUCAUCGCGCACGCGUUCAUUCAUUCGAUUCUUUCGACGCGCAUCCGCCCUCACGCGGACGCGGCGUCCAGACUUUGUACAACCAGACAGAAUUUCGACGCGA